GCGUAGUGUAGCGAGAUUUCAUAAUGGCGACCAUCUCUACUCAAGAGAGCACGCAUUCCCGCCGAGAAAUCGAGUAAUUUUGGUGGUUUUUUCGCAAUUUCUAUGUGGUUAACGUCGCGCAUCUAACGAUAAUGAUCAUAGAGAACCCUGAUCAGUUUAAGGCGUGGCUCACUGCUGUCCUGGAGCCGCUAUGCGAUGCAGAUCCUGCUGCCCUGGCAAAGUAUGUCUAUGCUCUAGUCAAGAAAGACAAAACACUGGAAGAGUUGCGUGGCGGCAUGGUUGAACAGUUGGAUGUAUUUUUACAACAAGAAACAAAGAAUUUCGUUGAACUUUUAUUCAAAACCUUGGAGACACAAGAGUACGUAUUACCUCCCCCAAAAGGAGCACCUGAGGGUGGUGGAACACCACCUAGUAUAAACCCACCACCUCCUGUUGAAAAGCAAGUCGAGAUUAUUAUUCCCCCGCCUCCACCUACUGGUAGCCCUCCACAACCGGCUCAAGUGAAUGGAGCUACCCCUGCAAUAGUAAUUAAAAGAGAAACUAGAAAAUCUGACUCUGAGAAAGAUGUACAAGAAAAAGAGAAGCGAUCGCGAAGCAGAAGCGGAAGGAUAAGAUCAAGAACAAGAUCGCGGUCACGGUCCUGGGAACGAGACCGAAGGCGAUCUAGGAGCCGAGAACACAUCCGCCGAGACAGAGAGCGUGACAGAAGCCGUCCUUGGAGAAACAAAUCACCACCUCCUAACACCAGGAGGCACGAUAGGAGGCGCACAAGAAGCCGCAGUACAUCACCAUUACGUUCACGUAUUCGCGAUGGUCCUGACACUCGUGAUCAUAGAGCUCGGUUCCGAAACAGAUCUCCUACACCUCUUAGAUCUCGAUCUAGAUCACGGUCUACAGAUCGUAAGAAAGUCGAUAGAUCUGAAAGAAAUGAAGCUGCGCGAGUAGAGAGAGGGGAUGGAAGUCCUGGUGGUGGAACUCCAACACAAGACAGUAAUCACGGGGAUGUAGACAUGAGACUUUCUACCACCAGUCAAUCUAUCCAAAGUGUUGUAGCUGUAGGUGCUAAUCCACCAAAUAGUCAAUCUGGUACUCUUCAACCCAAGAGACGGUGUAGAGAUUUCGAUGAGAAGGGAUACUGCAUGAGAGGAGAUCUCUGUCCGUAUGAUCAUGGUACUGACCCAGUAGUUUUGGAGGACGUUGCUUUGAGUCGUGUAUUAAAUUUUGGGCCUCACGGACCUCAAGCCCCAGGCACGGUACCUGUUUCCUCUGUACCUGAACCUCCUCCAGGACCAAAUGGCAAUGCUCCACCUCCCCACUUACCGCUUGCCAGUCUACCGCCACCGCAUCUGCGAAAUCAGCAUCAUUCUAAUAUGGUUGCAUUUGCAGAAUAUAAUCCAGAUGCUCCAAGUAUGGAACCCCGCAUGCCAUGGGGUCGACAUCCGCCACCAGGUCCAGGAAUAUAUGGCCGUGGACAGCGUGAACUUAUCAGUGUACCUGUCAUACCGCAUUCAAAUCCGAGUGAGAUGCCACAUACACCAAAUAAUCCAUUAAAGCGUAAGCAGGCGUUUGACUUCAAUCGCCUUGGACCGAAACAACGAGUUGUACAUAAUCCAGCUAAUUGUUCUCUUGAAUUGAAAAAAGUUCCACGCAGUUUGAAUAACAUUACUCAGUUAAAUAAUCACUUUUCACGUUUCGGAAAAAUUGUUAAUAUACAAGUAAAUUUCGGUGGUGACCCUGAGGCGGCAUUAGUCACCUUCCAGAUACCAUCUGAAGCAAAAGCUGCCUAUCGAAGUACAGAAGCAGUUUUGAAUAAUAGAUUUAUCAAGGUCUUUUGGCACAACAAUGUUAACAAUAAUUCAACUAGUGGAGCCAUUGAAAACGUACCUCCAGGUGAGAAAAACGGAAGUCGUCCAUCUGUUAAAGAGAGGCUAGGCGCUACAAUUAACCAACCGAUAAAAACUGAAGAAAAUGAAUAUGUUCCCACUCGUCGUGCAACAGAAGAGCCAGUGACGCCAACUGUGAUACCUGUGUCACCAAAAGCACCUCCCAUACCAUCUAGAGAAGACAAAGUAUUGGCUAUAAAAAAAUCUCAAGAAAUGUUAGCGGCCAAGGAAACGUUAAAAAAGAAACAGGAGGAAAAACGGAAGGAAGCUAUAAAACUGACUGCAGAUCUGCGCAAGAGAAAGCAGGAAUUACUUGAUAAACAACUUGUUGAAAUUCGAUCUUUAAUAGAACGAGCUGAGAAGAAUCCAGACCAAAAAGAUGCAAUUAUGGUAACGAUCAAAACUAUGCAGCAAUCCAUUGACAGCUUACGGAAAGAUUUGGCCACCAAUGGUCAAGUGGGAGCGAAUAAGUCUCAAAUAAAAACCAGGGAACAAACUCAAAAAGAAAUAUUAGAUGCUGAAUUGGAUCUAAUGACUGCUCAACAAGAGGGUCAGGAUCCAGGUGAAUUACAAAAGAGAUUAAAUGAUUUGAAAGCACAGGCUGCAGCAUUAGGGUUGAAUGCAGGACUUGGUGUGGGAAGAGGCGCUAGGCCAACGAAGGUGACACGAGGAAGUCACGUUUUAUCUUAUCGGGGGAGAGGACGAGGUAGUUUUGCUCAUGUUUCUGUCGACCAUAGACCAACAAGCCUCCUCAUUUCUGGAUAUGAAAGUGAGGAGAAGGAAGAAGUUUUAGCGCAUUUUCAACAAUAUGGUGAAAUAGUUAAUCAAAUGGUGGAUGAUGCUACACCUUCCAUCGUCAUCAAUUUCAAAUCAAGAAAAGAGGCAGAAGUAGCACUGGUAAAGGGACGCACGUUUCAGGACAGAUUAUUGUCUGUGACCUGGGUAACCGGACACCACCUACAUCGCGGAGGUGGAGGAAAUGCCAAUAGCAAUAUACCCCAACCAGCUCGUUCAGAACAAGCCCCAGCAACAGCGGAUGAGGAACUUGAAUUAGAAGUGCGUACUUUGUCGAAUCUGAACAUUUCCGAUGACAAUUGAGGAUAUGGGUUCCAGGGAGCUGCAGAAGCUUUACUUCUGGAGGAAAACGAAGAGGAGGAAGACGAGGAUGGAGAGCCUCGCAGUUGGAGACGAUAGCAGCGUCAAUGUCCUCUGUGACGCGAUGUCCAUACUAGCUAUAGUCACAGCGGGGCUAUAUGGAAGAAUCAGUGUCGUUUACCACUCGCACGAUCACUGGACAGAGUUUUGAUGUAAUCGAUGACUUGGUUUUGGAUGAACAAAAUAUCAGGCUCCAGACAUUAUUGAGUGUUAUACUAUUUGUUAUAUUAAAUAUGCUGUGUGCACCAUUACAGUAUCAAUGAUUACUGUAUCGCAGCCGUACCCAAAUAGACUACCACUACACGAGUUUUCA